UCCAGUUAUGUUGCGCUUAGUGGAUCUUCGACGUCAUCAUCUCUUUUUUUUGUCUCUCUCAACUACAAACUGCGAAGUUGCUCGACGAAGAACACACUCGUUUUGUAAAGCCCAAUCGUAGUUGCCUCUACAGAAGAAGCCUUUUUUUAACCGAAGCAACAACGGGUAGAAAGAUGAGACUCGCACCUUUGUUGUGUUUCUUCAGUUUUAUUUGGUUGGGAGAUUGUGCACCACCGACAUGCUAUUCCCGAGUGCUUGGCUUGAGCAAGGAAAUAAUGGACCUUUUGGAAAAACUGCACAAUUAUCAUCUCACGAAAACCUGCGUGGAGAUUCUGCCCAAAAUGUUUCUGGAUGUGCACAAUUCGUGCAUCGUGACCAAGCUCCGUGACUUCCUCUACGUUGUGGAGAACCUUCCUACACAGUACUGCAGAGAGCGACCCAGGAUCGUGUUGUUGAAGCGCAAAGUCAACAACCUGUACACGAUUAUCAACAGAAUCUGUUAUCGGGACCUAGUGUAUUUCACAGAUGACUGUGAGGCCAUUGAGACUGGACAGAGUAACCCUCGCUACGGAGAGGACAGGCUCCAGCUGCUGGUGGAAGAGAAGAGAUGAGCCCAUCCAGAGACAAACACACACACGCUCACAUGUGCGAACAGCACACAUCUCACACACACACACACACACACACACACACACACACACACACACACACACACACACACACACACACACACACACACACACACACACACACACACACACACACACACACAGGAAUGGAAGUGUGAGGGUAUGUAAACCCUGUUUCACUCAAAAUCACACACACACACACACACACACACACACACACACACACACACACACACAGGAAUGGAAGUGUGAGGGUAUGUAAACCCUGUUUCACUCAAAAUCACACACACACACACACACACACACACAACUCUAGUGGAAAAACAUGCCAACGCUGUUUAUUUUCUAACCAAUGUAGUGGUGGCCUACAGAGUUGAUGUUAUUGGUGAAGUCUCAUGUUAGAUGGCAUGUGUCUGGUUACAUUACACCAAGUGGUGGAGGACUUUCCACAGGAAAUUUGCUGAAUACCAGCCAUUCCAAUGAAACCCUUAAAAUAAUAAACCAAUAAGAAAUGUCUGUGAGCCUCGCUUACCGCUGCUUACUUACCAUACUGUUCGAAAGGGAAUGCCUAAUUUAUCCAAAUAUGUUGUAUGUUUCCAUAACCCUUCGUACUACUAAGCUGUCUUAAGGCUUACACAUACCCAGUUCCCAGCCUGUACACCCCUGAGAAAAUAAUGAUUACCUCAUGCUUGUUGUUUGAAUGUAUGAAUAGGCCUACUCUUUAACCUUUAGUUAUGUAUCUUGUUUUAAUGUAGACUAAACUUCAUCAUUAUCGCGUUUUCUAUGUAAUUGGUACAAUAUACGUUUGUGUAGUGUAUUACUUAUAUGUAUGUAAUAAAACAACUAUAUCUCUU